AUGAGUACCGUAGAAGGCCUCCGGAAGACCAGUUUUGCCGGAAAACAUCGGGGCCACCAUCGACUGGAAGCACCGAAGUUGACCUCUGAGGAACGCGGUCGGAUCAUCGCAGCGGCGGUGAAAAGACACGAGGCGGAGCGGGCGGAGGAGAAGGAGCGAAAACGCAGACAUCGACUGGCUCAGGGCAAACGCAGUUUCUAUGAGCGCCUGACUGGCAUUAACAUUGGAUUCAGUUUCGGCGCCAUGUCCAAGGUCAAUAUGGAGCGGCCAGCCAAGGAGCUGAUGCUCAUGUGUAUUCUCCUGGGCAAAGUCAAAUUAGCUGAGCUGUUCUGGGCCUACGAGAAGGAACCAAUCGGCGGAGCCAUGUUCUGCACUGUUUUGUUGGGGAAGAUGUCUGAAUCUGCCACCGAUCUGGCUCAGAAGUCGGAAUUCGAAUCACAUGCGCGAAUUUUCGAGGAAAAGGCCGAGGGGGUGUUGGAGGAGUGCUAUACGGAGGACAGCGCGCGCGCCAAGAUGCUGCUCUAUCGCCAGCUGGAGGACUACGGCAGCAAUGCCGUCAUCAGAUUAGCCGCGCGUGGAAGCUGCAUCCACUUCAUGUCCCAUCCCUGCUGUCAGGACUUCCUGUCAGAGGUCUGGAUGGGAAAGUUGUCUGCCAAGAACUCCAUCUUCCAUGUAAGAGACUACACCCCCCCCGCUCCCCAAGGCAAUAUACACUACGGCCCAGAAGUCGAAAAACGUGCCGACAAAUGCGAAAGAUUCAUACUUUUUCGCUAA